AUGAGUAGUCUCACCGUCCGCCCUGACCUGACGGUUCACGACACCAUAGUCCUCCAGAACCUCAUCGACGACAUCAAACGGUACGACGACAAGCACCUGGCGCCGGCCGACGGCGACGAGGGCUAUGUCAGCCAGGAGUCCCUAGACGAGAAGUCCAACAAGGACGAUGAGCCCUGUCGUGGUGUGUCGUCUCAGAGGGACGCCAAGGACAUCCGCAAGCUCAAGGGGCUCAACGACCCCGCGAGCCAGGACUUCGAGCCGAGCGUCCUCUCGUCCGUGGACCUGCGGGACCUGCCGGCCCGGAUCCCCGCGGCGCUCCACCGGCACGUCGUCCUGCCGUACGUGGCCUGGGCGCGCCGCGUCGUCCGCCACGAAACGGACGUCCUGAUGCUCACCCACCUGCUCCUCUACUUCACCACCUCCGUGCCGAGCGCCCUGCUGCUGUUCCGCAGCUUCGGCUACCUCCACGGCGUGCUGCACAUGGCCCUGCAGUUCCACUAUAUGGGCACCUACACCCUCAUGAUGCACCAGCACAUCCACAUGGGCGGCAUCCUCUCCCGGGAGUCCGGCCGCCUCCUGAAGGCUUUUGACGCCGCCUUCCCCUACAUCACCGACCCCCUCAUGGGCCACACGUGGAACACGUACUUCUACCACCACGUCAAGCACCACCACGUCGAGGGCAACGGGCCUAACGACCUGUCGACCACCAUCCGUUACCAGCGCGACGACGCCCUCGACUUCCUCCGCUACGUCGCCCGCUUCUUCUUCCUCGUCUGGUUCGACCUGCCGCGCUACUUCCUCGGCAAGGGCCAGCUGCGGAACGCCUGGAAGACGGGCUUCUGGGAGCUCGGCAACUACGCCGUCCUCUACGCGCUGUACCGCCUCAACAGCCGCGCCACGACCUUCGUGUUCCUCGGCCCGCUGCUGCUGCUCCGCCUGGGCCUGAUGGUCGGCAACUGGGGCCAGCACGCCUUCGUCGACGCCGACGAGCCGGACUCAGAUUUUCGUUCCAGCAUCACUCUGAUCGAUGUGCCGAGCAACCGCUACUGCUACAACGACGGAUACCACACGUCGCACCAUCUGAACCCGCGCCGGCACUGGCGCGACCACCCGACGUCGUUCCUCCAGCAGAAGAAGACGUACAUCCGCGAGAAGGCACUCGUCUUCCACGACAUCGACUAUCUCAUGGUGACGGUCCGGCUGCUGCGCAAGGACUACAUGCACCUGGCGCGGCGCCUCGUGCCGGUGGGCGAGCAGAUCGGCAUGACCAUCGAGGAGCGGGCGGCGAUGCUGCAGCGGCACACGCGGAGGUUCAGCGAGGCCGAGAUCCGGGACAAGUUCCGGGGCUACAAGACUAAGUAG